AUGGUUUUUAUUGCUACUCUGAAAAAUAUAUCAUCAGUUAAUUUAUUAAAUAAACCGUCGUAUUUUACUUUAAAGCAUGUUUUUACAUUUGGUACAUGCCUUUAUUCAUAUAAAUAUCGGUUUUUCAAUAUUAAAGAAGGAUCAGAAUAUGAUUUACUUUUAUAUAAACGUCCUUUUAAAAUCUUAAAAAAAUCUAUGAAAAUUAAACGUUUAAGAAAUAAUUCUAGGGAUUUAAUCAGGGAAUGGUUUAUUUCAUCACAUUAUAAUAAUAAAUCAUCCGUUUUUUUUGAUUGGGAUUUUGUAAAUGUGGAUAUUCCUGAUAUUGAAGAUAAACAAACAGUAAUUAAUAUGGCUGAAAUUGCGAGUAAUGCCUAUAUUGAAAUUCCAAAUACAGGGGAUUGGAUAGAUGUAGGUGGCGGAUUAGAUGUUAUUGAUGAUGAUUCUUGGAACAAAAGUGCACUUCAUGGACAUGUUUUUAUAGAUGAUCAAAAUAAAACAGUAAUUAUUGCAUUAAAGGGAACGAGCCCUGAAGUCUUUGGUGUUUAUGAUCCUAACACUGGAAUGAAGGACAAGAUUAAUGAUAAUUUACUUUUUUCAUGUUGUUGUGGACGAAUAUCUUGGAUAUGGACUCCAGUUUGUGAUUGUUUUAAUGGUUUUUAUUCAUGUGAUGAACGAUGCCUUGAAAAAGAACUUCUCGAUGAGUCUCAUUAUUAUAUGAUUGCUUUGAAUAUCUUUUACAAUGUUACCAAAAUCUAUCCUAAAGCAAAUGUAUGGAUGGUAGGACAUUCUUUGGGUGGUGCGCUUUCAUCAUUAGUUGGUUUAACCUUUGGUCUUCCAACAGUUACUUUUGAAGCACCAGGGGAAAAAUUAGCUGCAAAACGUUUACAUUUGCCUUUUCCUCCAGGACUUCCUGAUAAUGAAGCUUAUGUAUGGCAUUUUGGACAUACAGCAGAUCCUAUCUUUAUGGGUACAUGUAAUGGGCCUAAAUCAACAUGUUGGUAUGGUGGAUAUGCGAUGGAAACUCAUUGUCAUAGUGGUCUUUCUUGUAUUUAUGAUAUCAUUGCUGAUAAAGGCUGGAAAAUGGCAAUUGGUACACAUCGAAUUAAACAAGUAAUUGAUAUUAUUAAAGACUAUAAAGAUGUUCCAAAAUGUAAUGCAUAUCCUGACUGUAUGGAUUGUCUUGAGUGGAAUUUUUAUGAUAGUCUUUUAGAUACUCCAAGUAUUAAAAGUUCCGGAUAAUUAUAUAUAUAAAAUAUUUGAAAUAAUUUUCAACUUUUUUUUCAGUUUGAUUUUUUUUUACUGAUGAAUGGCUUAAAGAAAUUAAUA